AUGCACCUCAAGAUCGCAGCAAGUGCCCUGGCGCUGUUCACCGCUGUUGCCAACGCCGAGACACGGAUCAGCUUUUACACCGCCAAGGACUGCAGCUCUGGUUAUCUUUCUACUGCCACGGGUCAUGGCAGUGCUUCCAACACUGAAGCCGAAAACGAAUUCAGCUACACUGUUAAUGCCUAUGUCGGAGGAAUUGCGAUCGACAACCUCGACGAUUUUCAAAACCAACUCAACGAUGACAACGGUUGUGUCUUUACAGAUAUUACCUGCUGUGAAUACGCGCCCAAGUGCAAGGAGCCUUCACCCGUUCCUAGUUCAGGUGGAUACUGCAUUACAUACGACAAGUACAUGGGCACGGUUGGCGUUAGCUCAACGGUCUGCGACUCACUGUGUAUCGACAACGUCUACUAG